GUACAACUCAGUCAUGAGCUGAAGUGGUUGGGCUGGUGUUUUAACUUUCGCGCCGGAACGUUCUGGGUUCCAGAAGAUAAGCGGGCCAAGCUGCUGCAUCAAGUCCGGGUCCUUCUCAGAAAAGGUCCUGUCGAGAAACAGGCCCUAGAGCAGACCGUGGGUCUGUUGAUGUGGAUAACUCAGGCAUCGGUGCAGCUGCGCCCCUGGCUUUGCAACCUUUGGCGGGACCUUCAACGUCCGGCAGCGACAAACUUCAGCAUCUCUUCCAGUGAAUGGCAGACGCUCAAGGAUCACCUGGAUGAGAACUUGCGGUUCUGUUCUACCCCGCCUGGGACGGCCAUUCCAUGCGGUGCUACCUUGAUCUCUGCACGACACAUCCCACUUCGCAGCAAGGCAGAUCUGUGCAAGGUCCCUUUGACAACUCGUCGCGUCUACAUGCGGAUUGCUGACCCGCAACACCGGAAGCGGCAUGUGUCCGAGGCGAGCCGUCGCUUCUUGCUCUUCUGGGAGGACUGGUGUCUCCAGUCUCCAUCACUCACAUGCUUGCAACCUUCUUGCAGGGCGAUCUCCGCAAAACUUGCAGCCGAUGCGUUUGCUUCCAGCCAGUGCAUUGGGAUUGGGGGCUUUCUUCGUGUCCAGGGCUCCUCGGCAGUUUGGUUCAGUGAACGUUUUGAUCUCUCCGAUAUGCAAUGCUUGGGGGUGCCUCUCGCCCCGGACGCUCAGAAGAACAUUGGUUGCUGGGAACUGCUCGCCCAGAUGGCCCUGCUCAUCCUCUUUGCGGAGGUCUGUCCGGGUGGUCGUGCUGGCUUGUCGCUCCGCACCUUCUGCGAUAACAGCGCGGCUGAGUCAGCAGGCAAUCGCAUGCUGACAACUUCCAGCCCCCUUUGCUUUUUCGCGCAGCAACUGGCGUGUCUUUCAUUCCAGCUCGGCUCGGCCUCACCUUGGACAUCCAGCACAUCUCCGGCUUUCGCAAUACAGAAGCAGAUUUCUUGA